GGCGAAGCGAAGUCCGUCGAUUGCCAGCAAUGACGCUGCGCUGCACCUGCGGACAGGCUCUACGCUUCUCAUCACGCCGGAGUCAGAGACGCUAUGCAACAGAAGCAGCAGCAGAAUCGCGUUCGUCGGCGGACAGCGAGCCUGCAAAGAUUCUUGCAUCUGCUCUUGUCUCGCGGCCACCUCUGAUGCUGCCCGCGCUCUCGCCCUUUGAAGAGGCAUACUACGCCUAUCAUCGCAAGAUACAAGCAGCCCUCGCCAAACCUUUCGAUCCUACAUUCUACUUCCGCCAGGGCUCUGCAGCCGAAAAGACGUUUGUGCAAGCAGACAAGACAGGAGAGGACCCAGUGCCGUCUGCGAUUCAUGCAGCAAGAGAUGAGCGCUUGGCGAGGGCGGAGAAGCAGAAUGAGAGAUCGCUCGAGCGUCAAGUGACGAGGACGGUCUACUUGCUGCUCAAGCAAGGCACAACCUGGCGAUUCCCACGAGGUCCAGUCGAUACAGCAGCUUCGUUGAGAGAAGCGGCCCUGGUCAAACUCGAGACUGAGGCUGGCCUGAAUAUGGACGUCUGGCCAAUAGCGGGCGUACCCGUCGGUGUGCAUUCUACGGGCUCUGACAAGACAUUCUUUCUGCCCUAUCGCAUCCUGCGUGGGCAGGCCAGCAAAGGCGACUUUGCCUGGCUCACGCGCGAAGAGAUUCAGCAGCGCGUUGAUGAGAGCUACUGGGCCUCUGUGGGCGAUAUGCUCGCUAGUGUAUGAUCAGUGCAUGCUUUCGAGCAGCCUAGUAGCG